AUGACUGAUCACACACAGCCGCUCCCGUCGCUCACAAAGGCCCUUGCCGCCAUGAGGCCAAAUCUGGUAACGCACAAGAAUCACCAGCUGGAUCGAACUGAACUGCAACGCCGCACCAACAAUGCGGAGGAGGAUGCGCAGACGACUCGAGAGUCGCUCGUGCACGAGCGCAGCCACGACAAAGCACACACAGGCGACAUCUCUCUCUCUUCAUUCUCUUCCGCAGAAGCAGCCGCAGGCCCCACCUGCCUCGUCUCCUUCACAGGCUUUCGCGAUGAGGAUGUGUGGGGAGGGAACGACGCUGAGGAUAACGAUGCCGGUCACGAUCCCCUGGCACACGCUGCAGGUGGUGAUGCGGCGCCGUACGCGAACGCGCUCUCCGUGUGCCACAAGAUGGCCUCCGCACUGCCAAGGGUGCGGGUGGAAUCGAAGCUGACGAGCUCGACAAACGUCUUGGUGGCACGGCGCGGGUUCACAAAGAAACGGCUGCUCGCCGCUCGUCAAGGGAUACCAGUGGUACUGCCGAAGUGGGUGGUGAUGGGCUGCCCAGCGCUACCCACCGGCAAUGGCAUCACCACCACCACCGCGACAGCCUCGGCCUCUUCCUAUGACCUGUAUGCCGUGCCGUGGCUGCAUGGGUACGUCUUUUCCACCACCGGACUGUCGACAUCGGAGAAGGCGGCGAUAGACAGCGUGUGCGCCGCGCACGGGGCGGUCGUUGAGGCCUCUCUCACGUACAAGUGUGAUGUGCUGCUUGCUAGUGCGGAGUGUGUGCGGGCACUGCAUCAAGUUCUCCAUGCUGACGGAGCUGGCGAUGCGGCAAAAAGAAGCCGUAACCAACAGCUACAUCAUCCAGAGGUCCAGCGCACUGACGCGGGGCUGAAGGAGUGCUCGGGGACAGAGAUGCUGACACUUGGCAAAGGCGGUAGCGUGCCCCACGCAGCGUGGCUCACCGACAAGGUGCGCUUUGCGCUUGAGCUCGACAUCCCGGUCGUGGACUACGUCAAGCUGUUCGCAAUGCUGCGUCUCAACCGUCUGCCGCCUCCGACGUGGACACCCGGCCCAGCAGUACUGCUGCCCAAGUCAAGCUGGAAGACGCGCGGGCCAUGCGACGACGACAUGGAGAACAAGAACCGGUACGCCGACGCGCUCAACGGAAGCGACUUUGACGAAAUUGUUCAUGUGUGUCGAGUGGGCGCCCCGGCUGGGGGGAGCGCUGAGUGGGCGCGCAUCCUCUCCGUCAUCACCAAUGCGGGUGGAUCGUCGACAGCGGGCCGCGGUCCCCAGCGCGACGAAGGCGCGGCAGAUCAGGGCCCGGAGAACAUGAGGCUCUCAGCCCCACUCAACGGCAUUGCCCUUAGGGAGGGCUCUAUGCAGUCCUCCUCCUCAUCCUUCACUGACUCGGCCUCGACAGUGUCCGACCCGGAUUUGUGGGAGAGUUUACUGAGCCGCGCGCUGGUGCCGUCCUUCGACGAACGGCCAAUUCGAGGUGUGGAGACGUACCCAGAGGUUAGCGGCAUGCCUGACCCCACCGACGCUGCUGACCACCUCACUGGUACCACCCACGCGACUACUACCGCAUCACCGUCUUCACAAGCCGCCUGGGACAAGCCAGCAGUGAGCACAGCAGAUGUGGAAGACUUUGCUAACGCAAGGACGGAGGAACCGUCGACACUGCACGUUGCCCUCCCUGACUACUACAGCGCAGCCACCGGGCCUGAGCUUGCUCCAUAUUCCUCGUCCCAGUGGGGCUAUGCACGCCAAGAGGCGCUGACGACGACGGAGGACCCUAGCUGGGGCACCACUACUGUUGACCCGUCACCUCGGUUGACGACAAAUGCUCUCCUUCACCGUGAAGCCGCGCCACCACGCCAGUUAAGACACACCAGUGAGCCGCUGGCAUGCGCGCAGCCCGACGGAGCGGAGUCAGUGGCGCUUAGACAACGCACUGCUGCGUACUACGAGAUGCGCCGCAGCUCAGACCGUUUGCCAGCGCAGCUGCCGGCACGCGACGCGGUGGCAAUCUCGCGAGAAGCGGCACCGCUGCACGCUCCCGCGGGGAGUCCUGGGUAUUCAUUGGUAGCGUUGUCGCAGACAACUAUGGUUGGAGGAGCCCCGCUCGCCGCCACGCAGGUGUUGGUGGAGUCCUGCGUGUCGGCGGGCGAACUGGAGCUGGCAUCCAUGCAGCGGGUUGACGCGCACCAAACAAGCGCUUUCCGUGCUACUGCAGCACGCCAAGCUUUGCCGCUGUUCGCCAUGCAUCCGCCGUACCUCACAAUAUGCGUGCUUGGGUGCACCGAAUUGGAGCUACGCAAGACAGCACGAUGGUCUGAGCAGUGCCGGCUGCUGCGCUCUCCAGUGCCAACAUCCACCACAGAUAUUGUUCUUCUAGGAAGUCGCAUACUCACCAAGAAGCGGUACACGAUGAGCUACGCCGCGGACUCAGUCAACGACGAGAGCAGCGCCAAGGGAGGAGAGAAGCAGCGGCAGCAGCGACCCACACGCCACCGCAACCCGUUGUCAGCUCGGAGCGGCGGCAAAAAUUGGCACCGUCGGGAUCACGCUGGAGGUGGUGUGACGGUGGCUAUACGAUACUGGGAGAUGGACGCCGCGGUGGCGCGGACGCUGGCAGACGUCUGCGGUGUUCCCCUAAGCCGCAUGGCACCGCUCAAGUGGCUGGAGGACGCAGCGUCAGAGGCCAAAAAGGCCUGCGAAAAGGCAAUGCUCGCGGAGGAAUCAGUAGCGGCGCAGCGAAGCGCCUCACAUGCACUGGCUGUUGACAGCGACGAAAGUUGCACCGACACGUGUUGGAUGACAGCCACCACACCACCAGACAAACUCGUCGGCCUGCUAGAGGAGCACCUCGCUGCCGCGGCAGCGGCUGCAGCAGAGAGUGAGGAGCGUGUAGCACUGCAUCAGCGGCAGCUGUUUCACCCCCUUCCGCCUUUAUCGCCAGAGCAACUACCAGACAUGGCAGACCCCAAGUACUUCAUACGCGUGCGGCAGGCGGCUGCGACCUUGUGGGCAAGCAACGCGGCCCCCCUAGUCGCACAGAGGUCCCAUAAUAUCUCGGCUGGAGCUUCGUUGGCUGGGCUUGAGGUGGAAAAGCAAGCAAAGCGUAGCGAGAGGCACCACCAUGCGCAACAAGUCGCGGGAGACUCUGCAACGCAGCCGGCAUCGGACAGCGCCACAUUACUCACCAGAAACGAGAAGAGCGCCGCAGACCGCGCACCUGUCGAGGGUGACGACUCGCUGACGGCGGCAGCGUCUCGCUCUGUGGAUUUAGUGCCUGCAAUAUCAAUGUCUACUGUUCAGCUGGGUGUGCGCAAGGCGACUAGCCUCAGCACGGAGGAUGAGCAGCAUUCGUACGAGGCAGCGUUGGCGACAGCAGAGCGUCGCUUCAAUCAGCUUGUGGCUCUUUUCCGUGUGUCGGGCGACGAUGGCAACAUCGCACGAGUGAAUGUCGGCGCUGCCGAAGAUGACCGCCAAGGUCACUCCAAGGCGCUCGAGGCGUGUCAUUUCUGCUGCGUGGAAGGCGAGUACGCGCGCGUGGACUGGGCUGUGGUGCGUGGUCUCAUCCGCUACGGCGGCGGCCGAGUCGAGAAGCGAGCAGCAGACGACUGGCAAACACUCUUGCAGCAGCAGCAGCAGCAACCUCGAGUAACCGCAACGGCUACAAACUCUGACGUGCAGCAGGAUCAGCAAGACCAGCACUUUACGCGUGCGCUACGCUGGAGUGUCGAGUACACGAAGCUCCGACAAAAGCUGCUUCGUGUAAUGCGAGACGUCGAGCUCUCACACGACGUCAGCGACCAGACUCGUGCAGGUAUACUCCCUGGAUGCGCCAGUGCUAAACGGGAGAACGCGGCAGAGGUAGCCCGUCUCACGGCAAAGUUGCAGCGAGUGUCGCUCCUAUGUCAGCAGGCGCCGGUGCUGUGUCUGUGUCCACACAGCUUUCAGCGACCUGCUGCAGACGAGAGGGACAUGGCUGCCACUGCUGAUGCAACAGUCCGGCACAUGAAGGGCCUGCCAGGCCGCGCAGCAGUGGGGCCAGCGUCACCCUAUAAGCGCCUUCACGCCCUUCACCGCCUCCCCGCCGUGACGAUGGACUACGUGCUUGCAUGCGUUGCCGUCGGCUACUGCCUCAGUCCGCACAGCUGUUUCCUAUUCGACGUGUCUAUCCCCAGCGCGCCGGACAUGCGUCUCUUCCAGCGACAGCACCAGCGGCAAGGAGGUGGUGGCGCACCGUCGCAGAAGGCCUCGGCACGGCACACGGGGAGUAAACUAAGCCUUGGCCUCAUAGGAAGCAACACACCGGAAGGCAGCAACGACGAAGCAGGGAAACGGUUGCAGCCUGGUGCCGUAAGCGCUGGAAACGGUUGUAUUGGUCGAGGUAAGGCACCCCUGCACAGGCCCGCGCUUUCAAGCUGGGUGCUGGAGCGCCGCUACACCAAGACUGACUCGGUGGGUGUGUGCAUAUCGUUCCUAUGGAGGCUUCCUACCCCACCGGCUUCAGAAAGCGAGCGGUGCUGGUCGCGCGUUGACAUGGCGUCUCCACCAGCGAAGAGUGCCGCUGUCGUGCCUUGUCUCACACCAGACGCAUCGCUCGUGCCGCUGCUCCGAGUACUGCUCCUGGGACUUCGCAACGCAGCAGAGGCCUUGGGUGGCCAUGUCGUCGACACCUUUUCACCGUCGGCAGUCACACACGUCGUGACGGUGGACAUCGGAGGCAUCCUCUCUGGCACCCUCCGCGACGCGUUCACAAGUGACGUGGUGGAGAAGACCGGCGCCGUGACCGGUAGCGGUGGCGGCGACAGGCCGUUUCCAUAUUGGCCGGUGGACAGCGUUGAGAGCAUUGCGCGCUACGCCGCACGCGACGAGGUUUCGUUGGUCGGCCUCGAGUGGAUGGCAGCAUGCGUAGAGUGGGGCGUAUUCGUGGAUGAGGCUGCGUACGCGCCACCACCUGAUCUGCUCGCGCUUGUGCAGGCAGAGAAGCAGAAAGCUUUACUUGCCUCCGCCCAGGCCGCUCGCACCAAGCAGCACCGACGAGCGGCGCAGGUGCAGAAGUGGCAGCCGCCACGGCAAUCACUGAACCACUGUCACCUUACCCAGCAUCAGGCCCAUGUAGCCGCGCCACCUCCUGCUGAUCCAGCGCUGCCCGGAGCUUUGGUGCCACCGGCAGCUCGCCCUGUCUCGCACCUCGAGUGGCACCGGAAGCGGACGGGCACCCCACCACGUGGUGGGUCGGACACGGCGGCGCCACACACACCGCCGCCUCCUCGACUGGUGGACUACGACUCACCACCCAACAGAGACGAUGAAGAAAAGGAAGAGCACGACGAGUGCUGCACGCCGGUUAUACGGGGCAUUCUCGCUGCGUCGACAACGUGGUGCGACAGCAACGCAGGACUCUGCACGCCUCCCGUAAGAGAAGCACCGCUGCCAGAUAACGUCGCGCGCCGCUGUCAACAGUCUCCGCCGUUACAGCCUCUCUCCUCACCUGUGCCGCCUCCGCCUCCUCGUCCGCAGACCCUGCCUGACCCCGAUUCGAGCUCGCAAUGCAUGAAUUUCCGUGCUCGCAGCGCCGGCACUCCAUCCAUCGGCGACCAUGCCCACCACUACCAGCAUCGCCGUCGCUCCUCACCCUCUGCUUCGCAGCAGAACACCCGCUCGCUGCUCGAGGAGAAGGAAGCGGAAGCUUACGUGGAACACCUUGGCAGCCUCUUCAACUUCUUUUCGCCAGGAUCCACGCCGCUGCCAUCGUCAGCGCGCCGCUGCGGCGAGCGCUCGACCGCCAGGUACGCUGAUGCCGACGCCAGCACCCCGCGGCGGCUGCGCAGCCCAUUCCUGCCGCAUACUCUUUCGCAGUCGCACUCACCAAAUGUCACCUCUUCCCCACGCGCACCGCACUCGCGCUGCGAGCUCAUGCAUGAACGCAGGAUCCCCCGAACCUCAUCUUCGUUGCAGCACACGCAGGCACUCACACCGUCCAAGACGGGCGCAGCGCUGCAGAUGACAGGAGCGGAGAAAACGAGCUCCGCAGUAGGCCUCAGCAAUGCGCUCUCAACGCCACGGCGUCGUACACUGCGUGGCGCUGCUGCUGUCUGCAUCUCAUCAGCAACCAGGAAGUCAACUCUUUCAAGCCCUGACCGACAGCAUCGUCGCACAGAGAAUUUCGCCGUCGCCGUGAGUAGCUCUGUGACGAACUUGCAGGUGUGGACGGCAGUGGCAGGAGUUGGUGAUGCCCCCUGUGAUGUGGAAUCCGAUGCGCCGGAUGCAAACGCGCCGCCUCCGCAGCCGCUUGUCUUACCAAGCUUGCUAGGCGGAAGCACCGAGUUGAGUCGUGACGGCACCGUCGAUGCGAAGCCUGUUGGCGCCAGCAGCACAGCUAGCAUCUGUGAGGAGGUCGAUACCAAGCAGCGACAGCGGCAGGACGGUGGCUGCACAGAGAGCAUGUGGGUUUCCCAAACACCGGAUGCGCUUACCCCCGAAGGGAAGAAGCAGAGGUCGAAUGGAGCGGCGACUGGGACAGCACCGCAACACCGAGCCCAUAAGCGUGGCCGGGUAACUGGAGGUCAGCGAGAUGGCAGCCGCGCGUCUGCGUCUGUCUCGUGGAUGCACGAUGCUUCUCUUGAGUCGCCACAGCAGAAGCCGCAGGAUACCGCGGUGGUGGAGUGUGUGGACGUAGAGCCCAUGAGCGGCGAGGUGCUGGUGGACGCCACCUUUAUCGCCGCAACACCCGAGGCAUACGGAGCGACUCCUGCGGCAACGUCAGAGGCCUCCGUUGGUGAACGCCAUUGUAAGGCCGCAGCCACCCUCGUUCUAGCCGGCGACCGCGAAGAGGUGGAGCAUGAAGACGAAACUAAAGGCGUGCCUCCUGGACCAGACGUGGUUGACGCUGCCCACAAUCCGCUCAUUCUCAGGCCACCCUCGACAACAGCGACGGCAUCACCGUUGGCGCAGAAGGCGGUGCGGCCUCGUCUCGCGUCAUGUAGUGCGCCACGGCCCCCCUCUCCGUCUCCGUAUUCGCCGCCGCCGCCGCCAAGAAGGAUGGCGAUGGAUGGGGAUGGAGGUGCGAGCAUCGUCGCGAACGCGGCCGAGGAGGAGCAUCAGUGCGGGACGCCAUGUGCCUACACCGACAGCAACGCGCCAGCGCUUUCUUCGUGGACCCGACACAGACCACUGAGCAUUUCAAGUCGUCCCUCGCGCUCACCUCCGCUGGUAUCAUCACCGUUGCACAUGGAGCCGACUGCCCUCGUCACCAGCACUGCCGUCGCUGUUCUUCCUCGCACGACGGUAGCGACAUCGUGCAGAUGGGACUGCCUGCGUAUCUACGCAUUGCAUGACUUGCCACUCCGAACAGCGCGUGUGCGCCGAUGCGAAGAGGCUCUGGAAGCCUUUAUGCGUCACUGCGGCGGGGUGAUGCCGAGAUCGUACAUUGACAUCGGGCUGCGCACGGCAGAGCCACCCGUGAAAGACAGCGACCAGUGCGGCGGCGUUGGUGUCGGCUCUGACUCCACUCGACCCUCCCCGACCUCGCAGCCUACACCGCCUCUUUUCUUUGUCUCUCGCUGUGAAGACGCCGAUGUGCUGGUGACACACCAAGUCAAUCUCCGCGAAAGUGUCCUUGUAGGGGUGGCGGCGGGGUGCUGGGUGGUGCGGCCGGGGUUCCUGGAGUGUGUGGUCGCUGUCCUCGACGGUGCCUGCUGGAGCGGCAACCGUAGCACCGCCAACUCAAUGCGGGGUCAACGGCACCUCACUCACCCAUCGGCUGCGGCGGCGGCGUCUGUAUUCUGCGCGUUGCGCCUGCGGGAGGCCUUGCCCACGUACGAGUGGACUGCGGAAGCGCUGCCGCGGGUACCGGCGUUGGGGUGCCCGCCGGAAAGCAAUAGCGUGACCCCGAUGCAGCGGGCUUUGGCGCAGCAGUGCCGUCGGCAGCGCGAGAGGCGGGAACGGGCAGCAGGUGCUGAUGUUGUGAAUGGUGAUGCAGGACAGACUUCCACCGCUAGCCGACCAAGUGAGCGCAUCUUCGAAGGCAACAGCUUUGUUCUGUGUUGUUCUUUUUCGGCGAAUGCGGUCCCAGCGGGUGGAACGGGUGCGGAGAGGUGCCGCACAUCAUCGCGGGUGCGUGCCAUCGAGCGCGUCUUGGAGACCGGCGGUGGACGCCUCUGCUGCAGUGUGCAGGUUGGCUGGGCACCAGCAGAGAUCGGGGCGAAGACGGAUGAAAUCACGGGAGCUGUCGCCACAGCCACACACGCUCCACCCAUAGUGCAACCCCCACUGCAGUGCUGUGUAUGGGCACCAUCACCGCCCAAACAGGGGAAUCGGCGACUCCAACGCGACUUCGCCCAUACUUCUUCACCGCAGGUGAUGGACGCAGCGCUCUACCAUGACCUUCUGUGGCUCAUCUGCAACCAGGUACGCCAGAUGCCCUCUGAAACGCUGUUUGUGUUGCUGGAUGAAAGUCUCCUUGGCUCUAAUACAGACGACGCUCAGGGCGGUACCGUGGUGUGUGUGUCACCCGCGCCACGUACGACUGUCGCCGGCGCAACUGCUGCUGCUGCACGCCUCAAUGGCAAAGAUGCGGGCAACGAAGACCUGUUGACCACGCCACCCCUCUCCGAGCACCAUCGUGCUUCGAAGAAGCGGCGCACAGAGAACGUGGAGGCGCACAAUAGCCCACAGCCAACCACAGCAUCGGUGCCGGAGGCGGCGUCCGUUGUAGCCGGUGCGCUCGCGUCCUCCGACACUUGCACGGUGGCUGCAUGGCUCUCAAGCUGGCUGCUCCCCUCUCCGGAUGACGGCCGCUGCUCAAAAGCGAUGGAUGGGAGACCGCCAUGCCAUCGUGGGUACGCGCCGGCUGCUGCACAUGCGAUGCGAGCUCAUCUUGGUGCUUGCUGUGCGGCGGUGAAGGGGAAUGCUGA